AUGUCAAAAGUCAAAGUAGCUCAUGCAAUUGACUUGUUGAAGUCUCAACCAUCUGCGAACGAUAUUAAAGAAUGUCUUCAUGUGCUUGGCAAGGACAAGUCACUCGACCUUGAAGGUGCUGCGGUAAUAGUAAAAUACGUGAUACCCAUAUUCCCAUCGCUGCCGAAGGCUGUACAAAAUGAGGUUCUUGACUUAUUUCAAAACGAGUUCAAUCUCGUCACACACACUUUGAACUUGAUUGACAUGUUACAGGGCAAACCAGAAGCCAAGAUUUACAAGGAUUUCUUACUCGAUGCCUUGGAACACAAACCCGGUGCUCUGAGCCACUAUAUUUGUCAUUCUAAAAGCACAUUAGAAGUUCAAAUUGUGAAGUCAACAUUCUUUGGAAGCAAGAUUCUCAAUAGUCUGGGAAAAGAUGCAGAUAUUCUGUCAUUUGCGCUGAUGUUGCGUGCCCAAAUUGAGUAUAUUUUUGACCAUGAUGAAAAUCUAACUGAUAAGAUUUACGCAGAUUUUCUAGUCGCAUUUCUCAGUCUUCAUGAAGGCUUUUGCAUUAAUCUCUUAUUCGGAGAUGUGGUGCUCACUGGCCCAGAGCACUUUCGGAAGUUUCUGCAACUGCUGCAUGGUGGCUCUGUUCUCUGUCGCACCCGACUAUUCAAAAGCUUGGUGAAGUAUCUUGAUACAAUGACUGCCCACAAUAGCGCACCGUCAAUUUACAAUAUCCUAAGGACAAUAGGGCAUAUUGACAUACAGUAUGAAAGCCUAAUAGAUCUUAAAAACCCGCUGUUGAAGGCAAUUCUAAUUAAAACUAUGGACGAAAGUGAGCAACUAAGCCUGUACCGCUAUUUGAUGGGCUUUUUUGGGAGACAAGACUUUCCAGAAGAUGCAACGACGUGUAUUCUUUUAGCCAUAAUUUUUGAAAAUCUGCCGAGCAAGGUAAAGCUGAACAUAAGUUCCGAUACUUUGUUUCUGGACGCUGUGACGAGACGUCUGAGCUCUCAGGAUGCUGUUGUAAGAGAAAGAACCAUGUGGAUAGCCAAAGAGGUCACAAACGGAGGGCUGGAGUACGAGAGCGAUUUCAAAAUCACGGUACCGAAAUUCCAAGUCCCAGAGAGUAAUACCAUUGUCUACACACUCCUCACAAAGCAUCAAAAAAAUCAAGCUAUUGAGCUACGCCCUUCUGAAAUGGCUCCAGAGAUGAAGAUAACUGAUUUAAAGCUAUCAGAAAGUCACGAAGAUGAAGACGGCUACAAAAUCGUCUUUUUGAAAGACCUAGUUCGCGAAUUUGAGCAAGAAGAGAAAAAUGGUAGUGAUCGUGUUCGUCUGUUACAGGCCACUGUACGACUUGUGAGGCAGAAAAGAGAUUUUGUGCUUGAAGUUCAGACUUAUAGCAGUCAACUUUUAACAAUGAUUUGCCUUUUAAACAACAGCUUGGACGAACAGCAAUUUCAAGAAUGGAAAGUCAAUGCGCUUGUAAGUAUUAUGGUCGCCGUUCCCGAGAAAGUUGGUCAGUUGGUACAAAUAUUGUUUGGACACGAACUGUCUCUGCAGCAAAGAAUUACAAUUCUUUCUGUGAUGAGUCUGUCUGCCCGAGAACUGCGAGGGAUUAACGACAACUUUAUUGUCAAGCCGCAAACAGACUUUCCGACUAAGAGACUGCCCUGGGAUCAGUCCAAACAAGAGGCCAUAACUGAUGAGGUAUCGAAACAUAAAUCUCUCUCUAACAAUCAGACGGUGUGGAGAUCGCGCAAGCUCGAUAAAGCGGGCGAAGCCAGUCCUAGACAGAUCAACCGAUUUCAAAAAUUCGCGCCCAAGUUUUUCUAUCCUCUGGCCCACGGCUGGCUAAACGGCAUUGAUAUGGGGACCUACGAUGUGAUGUUCAAGAAGCACUACUUGUCCACCAUGCAGCUUAUCCUGUCCGCAGCUCACCCGCACUAUGAGUUCAAUUCCAUGUACACGCUUAUGUGCUCAGUUCUAGAAAAUGCUGUCAAAAGUGGCUUCCCAUUAGACGGCAUUGAUUUAGCUGAGCUUUCUGAGCUUUCCAACAAUAUGAAUUCUACUUAG